GUUUAUCAUCUGUUAAUCGUAACACCGGAAUUCUACAAAGAGAGCUCAUGGGCGUUGAUUAUCAAGAACCCGAUAAUAUAUGGAUAAUGGUUUGCCCAACGAUGUUGCCAAAAGAAGAUGAUUCUGAAUAAAAUUAAAUGGCAAAUUUUAUGUCAUUUAGAAGCCAUACCAGAACUGGAAGCAAUGUUAAAGUCCAAGCAUCAGUUCAAAGUUAAAUUAUCAUGGAUGAGGCAGAUUUGAUGUUACCUUUGUAGCAAUUCAGAAAUAUAGAAGCUUCGGUAAAGAGAAAAAAUAAUCUCCCCUCACAAUGUCGACGAAGAUGAUCUCGUUGACGAGCUCUGAUGGUCAAACGUUUGAGAUCAAAGAAGAGGCCGCACGCCAAUGCCAGAUCAUAAAUCAUAUGAUUGAGGACGAUUGCGCCGAUAGAGAAAUCCCGCUUCCAAACGUGACAGGCAAGAUUCUUGCGAUGGUGAUCGAGUACUGCAACAAGCACCACGUCGACCCCUCAAAUCCUUCCACCGACGAGGAUCUCAAGAAGUGGGACGAGGAGUUCAUGGAAAAAGAUCAAUCCACGAUCUUUGAUCUCAUUAAUGCUGCUAGUUACCUAUACAUACAAAGCCUUCUUGAUCUAGCAUGCCAAACUGCCUCGGAUAUGAGCAAAGACAAAGCUGUUCUUGAAGACAAUAAAUGGGCUUUUGAAUGAGGGGAUUAUCAAAACAUAAGCAGCUUUCUUUCUUUUCUUUUCUUUCUUCUUUAGUGUGUGUUAUUCAGUUUCGUUAUCAAUGUAGAUGAUGGUGGCUUCGUCUACGUUCGAUAAUCUAAUAAUGAAAGAAGCUUUCUUUCUUUUCUUUUUUUUUCUUUUUCCUUUAUUGUGUGUUUUUCAAUUUCUUGAUCAAUGUAGUUGAUGAUGACUUCAUCAAAGUUCAAUAAUCCAAUAAUAGAAGU